AUGAUGCUGAGCCCCGAUCAGACGGAUCCUGACCUCACCUGGACACAGCCGGACACGGAAUGUCUGAACGUCAUGAAGGUGGAAUGUGUGGCUCACGAGGAUGGCAAAACUCGCGCACUCGUACCAGCUGCGCUCACCAGAGAGGAGAAGAGACGGAGGAGGCGCGCGACUGCGAAAUACCGUUCUGCGCAUGCCACGCGCGAGCGCAUCAGAGUGGAAGCGUUCAACGUAGCGUUCGCUGAGCUUAGAAAGCUGCUACCAACACUUCCACCCGACAAGAAGCUGUCCAAAAUAGAAAUACUUCGCCUAGCUAUCUGUUACAUUUCUUAUCUUAACCACGUUUUGGACGUUUAA